GGCAACUUUGCCCGAUAUUUGACAUUUAAACUGUGAACGCACAAUUAGUGUUUUUGUUUCCUGGUAAAGUGGCAACUUUGAUCAGCUGACUAUUCGCGUUUAGAAAAAAUGGAAAGCAACACAGAAAUACAGAAGGUUGUACAUAAGCGUGUUCGAAAGGCUCCCUACAGAAAGUGGACCGACAACGAAAAUGAAAGUUUAAUCAACUUUUUGAGGGACAACAGGCCACUAGAGAAACCAACGGCCCAACAUUAUUAUAAAAGAUUUUUGAACCAAACUGGCAGCGACUUGCAUUGGACUCUGGUGCGUUGCAAGGUAAAAAACUUAAGAUUGCAGUACACCAAGGCCAAGUCCUGGCAAAAUGCAACGGGAAGUGGCACCAUGGAUAAUUGUGACACUACCAAAAACGCGAUCGUAAGGAUGUGUCCCCGGUACGAUGACUUAGAAGACAUUUUUGGCUAUAGGGAGCUCACUUCAAACUGCCUUGUAUUGGAUACCGAGGACAUUGCAUGUACUGGUUCACCAGAAGUUGCCACGUCCUCUGAUAUAAUCGUCGAGGAAAUCGUGGCAUUACCCGAGCCUCUGGUCACCCCUUCUACGUCAAAGGCUGUCCGAAAGGGUAUAUAUUCGCGUACAGCCCUAUCAGACGUUCUCGAUGUACACUCCAGCUUAUUGGAUGCAAAAAAAGACAGAAUCGAGAAGGAAUUAAGAUGAGGGAAAAUGAAUUAAUGCGUUUGAUAAAAUUAUAUGCAGCUGGUAAGCAGUAAGUUCGAAGAACAUCUGUUCUAAUAGGUAAUUUAGCCACGUGUUUCUUAUAAUACAAGAAUAGAAUAUAUCGGACAAUUGAAAAUUUAGUGAUUAUUGCGAAAUGGAGAAAGAAAAUAUUUUGGAAUACAAAGUAAUAGCUGGUUUGAGGA